AUGAAGACAUCGUGGUCACAAGUGCACCAUAUGUUAACCGACACCCUCGCGCUGAUCGAAAUUCUCUCGGAUCCGGCGAACCGCGCGCCGCUGGAGGCGGAGAGGGCGCUCGCGGAGGACUGGUAUCAUCGCCAGUCUCCCCAUGAGCCUCCCGAUUCAUGUGCAGCCCACCGUGCCCGACACCGCGCAGCCCCCUUUCGUGCCGUGGAACAGGCGUUGGGAGCCAGUCCAACAACAACCCCUGCUGCCGUGGCCGACAUCCAGUUCCAGCCGCUAUCAACGGUGUUCCGGGCGGACUGCACCGAGUAUGGCCUGGUCGUCCUGGACAUCUCCGACCUCGACAGCGGUGUCAAGUACAGCAUUGUUGCGUUUCCCGUGGACUACAUGGCGGAGGUUCCGUCUCGCGAGAAGUCCUUCAGCUGGGAUCCCGUCGAAGACCCCCAGCCGGAAACGGAACCAGAUAUUAUACUUGUGAGCCCGCGGCCUCGCGUGCCGUUAUCAAUUGCUCGGUGGGCAGGGAAGUAUUACAGCUGGUCGGGCCUGGAAGACCACCUCAGCAUCCUCCGACUGGAGGAGAGGCCGCUGGUUGAUGCGGCAGCCUUGGAUUAUUGGCCACAGGAGCUGGAGGAUCCGGCUCGAGGAUCUUCAAAAGGUGCUCUCUCGCGCAUUUCUCCGACAGACUUCAAACCUUCAAAGGCCAGGUCUACCCCCCCCCGAUCCCCUUCUGAUAUGGUAGGCUACACGAUAGUAGACGAACCGCCGCGAGACGUGUCCAUGAGCCACGCAAAAGAUGAUGGAUCGACCACAAGAGUCUCGAGCAUGACCAUAUCAGAUGAACCGCCACGAACUGUCCCAGUGGACAUGGAUCGCACUAUUGAUAAUCUACUGGUUCUCACCCAGGAGCCCGUCUCCCCUCCCCUCGAUAACCAAGUACUCGCUCACCUUCAAACGCUGGUCCCUUUCCGCGAGAAGCUGCGGCAGCGACUCGAAGAGGGGCCCGACAGGCUCGGCCUCUUACAAUACUUUUUCAUGAGGAUCCGUCAACCCACUGCUGGGAUUGCGCCCAUACAGCAAUCCAGCUCGGUCGAGAUGGUCGGCGGGCUGACCGACUUCCUGCGCGAAACCGUGCCAGGGACUGAUACUGCCACGUGGGAGAAACGAGUCAAGCAGGUAGAGAAGGAUUGGGCUUCAGCUUUCACGAGGCCAAGCUCACCCAGCACCCCGUCAUCAACUGAUUUUGCGACAGGGCAGGAACGGGCUAACGAGUCGUUCAGGCGUUUGGCCGAAGCUUCAACUGGGAUAAGCACACCCAGCACCCCGCCAGAGAGGGAUCUUCUCACUGGGGAGGAACCGGUCGUGCAGGUAGAGGGAACGCUGCAUCGGCGUCCGCGUCAUGGCUGA